GUGUUGGGUACAUCCAUGCAUCAAGCUGGCCUGUUCAGUAUUGAGCCUCCGUGCUGGGUUAGUGUGAAGCUACCUUCUUUGGGGAGUGGAUAUCUUUUGUGGAGAGCAGAGCAGUGUGGAAAACCUGAGUAUAGUGAAUUGCGUUUAAUAGGUGAAUGUGUCAAGAUGUCUAACUCGAAUAAAGUAUGUAGAAAGGAAUCAUUCCUAGACAGAUUUACUGGAUUAUUUAAAAAGAAAAAAAAGCAUAAAUCUGCCAGCCGGUCCCCGAGUCAAGACCAAACAAACAGCGACGCAUUGGGAGAGGGUCGUUACAUACAGGGAACGUCUAACAGUUCGGAGCUUGAAGAUGAGAAAAAAAAGGUGAUUACCUAUGCAGCAACAAGUAGUAGUGAAACGUCAAGCUUGUCUUCUGGUAUUGAUCCAUCUAAUGUGUUUGCUGCCUCCUCAAACAGUGAAAGAAAUAAUAAGCCGGCUACACAUCUGGCUAGUACAAGUCGAGUGAAUGGUACAGCAGACGGGGAAGAUUCGAAUCAGAGUAACAAGAAGGAGACGAGUUCAUACUCUAGAUCUAAUGUUUCAAAAUUUAAAAAUGCGUCGAAAAAUAAUUCUUUCGAAGAAUCCAGGCUUGUCGAUGCCAUUAAUAAUGAUUCACGGAUUACAAAAUUGGUUAUCAACAAUACUGCUAGCAAAAUAUUAAUCAAUCACCUUGAUGACACCUCGAAAGAUAACUAUUCCAAUACUGCAUCUGAUGAGACGAAAGAAUUAAAGAAUGAAAAAGUAUCGUCUGAAAUUAUGAAAAGAAAAUGGUUCAAUAAUGAGAAUGUUGAUGUCGUAACGCAACAAAGUCAAGUUGCGAUAAAGUCGGAAAAACUGGAGAGGAAGGAAGAAGAAACCUCGCAAAUUGAAACUGAAAUGCAACAAUUAAAUAUAAACGACGUUACUGCUCUCCCAGAACCUUCACUCCCGAAAGAAAAAUUGAUUCAAAUGAAAUUACACGACGGGGAAUUCCUCAAAGACGAAACGAUUUCACUAAUUGAAGUAGAAAAAGAUACUCGAGCUCCAGAAAACUAUUAUUUCACAACUGGGAAAUAUGCGUCAUACUUUCUUUUAGCAAUAGAAAGACAGUAUUACGAUCCUUCCCAAGUGUAUAGUAUGGUUCGUUAUCACAACGAUGAAGAUUCGGAUGAUUCUGAUUGGGAAGGUGGAAAUUCGUCACCCGAACCAACUUCUCCCAACAUACAAGGAAGUAUGAGACGCCGUUUGUUACAUCGACGAUCAGCUGAUAACUUAAUAGUAAACUCGCCAACAAAUUCCAUGAGGCACUCUAGCCCAGAAUCAGUAAAAAGUGCUCCGAUACAACUCAAGCCCAGAUCAACAUCACACGAUACAUUGUCAAAGAGGAAAGAUAAACAAGGAAAUCAAGCAGAUGGAGUUUCUAUGGACAGUCUUGCAAAGCAGUCAUUACUUGCUGCCCAAGUUCUCAAUCUUAUACCAACUCAGAAAGCCAGAGACAGAAACUUUCUUCACGGGCGAGUCGCAGCUAAUUCUUUAUUAGGUCCAGUGGAAUUGGAAAAGGUUCUUCCAAACAGGGAGAUAAAAAUAUUCGUUGGUACCUGGAACAUGAAUGGGCAAUCUCCACCUAAAGAACUCAAUGACUUUAUGUUACCAUCCUGUAUGGAAACGAUUCCUGAUAUGCUGGCUAUCGGAACACAAGAAUCCUGUUCUGAACGGACCGAGUGGGAGGCAGCUUUGCAAGAAACUCUGGGUCCCUCGCACGUUUUGCUAACAAGUACCGGACUUGGAACGUUACAUUUGGCAUUGUUUGUAAGAAGAGAUCUUAUAUGGUUCUGCUCCGUUCCGGAGGACUCUUACUUUUCAACCAGACCAGGCACUGCUUUCAGAACUAAGGGAGCUGUGGCUUUGGCCAUAAUGCUAUUUGGAACGAGCUUUUUAUUUGUUACUGCUCACUUGACGGCGCACCAAGACAAAGUCAAAGAAAGAAUAAACGAUAUUAAAAGAAUUGUAAGAAAUUUGGAUCUGCCAAAAGAUUUACCGACAAGAAAACACAGCAAAGAUGUGACGCAAAAUUUCGAUUGCGUUUUCUGGUGCGGGGAUUUAAACUUUCGUUUGGCUCAACCACGAGAAGAAGUAAUUCAAUGGAUCACAGACACCCGAUUCCCACAAGAAACGCCAAUAGAUUUACACGCCGAUCAAUUGUGUACAAUUUUGAAAGAAGGGUCAGUUCUUCGAGGUUUUAAAGAAGGUGGGAUAAUGUUUCCGCCGACAUUUAAAUAUGAUCCAGGAACUCAGAACUUUGAUUCGAGCAGCAAGCAACGCAUUCCUGCCUACACAGACAGAAUUCUUUUCAAAGGAAAAGACCACAGUCGAGACUACGUACAAAGAGUUAACGAGAGCACAAAUUCGUACAAAGAUGGUAUCUUAGAAUGUCUAAUAUACGAUUCUGUACCCAGUAUUUGCACAUCUGAUCACAAACCUGUUUGGGGAGUUUUUAAGACUAUACUUCGACCAGGAAUAGACACUAUUCCGUUGGCAGCUGGAUUGUUUAACCGAGAGAUUUAUUUGGAAGGCAUAAAGAGGCGAGCAGCUGCUAUGGAUGAUUCCCCCGGAACAUCAAGGAAGAAUUCAAGAAAGACAACCCCGUAGACGUUAGGCAUACACAAUUACCGAUGAAUCAACCACUACAUUAUGAUGAACUUUGCAUUGUUCCUUCACAAUUAUACAUAUAAUUACUAACUCUUUACGUGAAUUCGUCUUAUCGCGCAAUUUCUAAAUUUCUGAUUCUCGGGACCAGAUAACGUUAUGGCGAGAUAUUAUUUCCGAUGUCCCAUUAUUCUACUUCUUUAACGUUUUUAAAUAAGAUAUUAGAUAUAAAAAGUAGUUCAACCAUACAAAUUUUGUCAUAAUAGUUUUACUUGAGUUCAAUACAAUUCAAAAUAAUGGAAUACUAAUUUAUUCACUGGAUGUUACAUGAAUUUGUUUUUGCCUUAAUUUAAUCACUGAACUUUGGAAUCUCAAAUA